GCCACCGCCACAGGCCCGGCCCGGCGCGGCGCCGGCCAGCGCGCCUGCAUGAGGUUGAUGCUGCUGUGCUGCACCUGGAGGGACGAGCCUAUGGGAGAGGACGAAGGGACCGACCUGCCGGUGUGUGCGAGCUGCGGGCAGGGCAUCUACGAUGGGCAGUACCUGCAGGCACUGAAGGCUGACUGGCACGCCGACUGCUUCAGGUGCUGUGAGUGCGGGGCCUCCCUUUCCCACCAAUACUACGAGAAGGAUGGGCGCCUGUACUGCAAGAAAGAUUACUGGGCACACUUUGGGGAGCUGUGCCACGGCUGCUCCGAGCAGAUCACCAAGGGGCUGGUCAUGGUGGCCGGGGAGCAGAAGUACCACCCCGAGUGCUUCAGCUGCCUCAACUGCCGCACCUUCAUCGGAGAUGGGGACACCUAUGCACUGGUGGAGCGCUCCAAGCUCUACUGCGGCCACUGCUACUACCAGAUGGUGGUGACGCCGGUGAUCGAGCAGAUCCUGCCGGACUCCCCGGCCUCCCGCAUCCCUCACACCGUCACCCUCGUGUCCAUCCCCGCCUGCUCCGACAGCAAGCGCGGCUUCUCCGUCUCCAUCGACCAAGGCUGCGGCACCGAGCACCCCCGCACCGUGCGCGUCAGAGAAGUGGACCCGGACUGCAUCAGCCCUGACAUGAAGAACUCCAUCCACGUUGGUGACCGCAUCCUGGAGAUCAAUGGGACCCCCAUCGGCCACGUCCCCCUGGACGAGAUUGACCUGCUGAUCCAGGAGACGAGCCGCUUGCUGCAGCUGACCAUCGAGCACGACCCUCACGAGCCCCUGAGCCGGGAGCCGGGGCUGGCGGGCAGCCCCCUGCCCGCCCCAUGCAGCCCCCUGUGCUCGCCGGCCCCCGUGCCCUGCGGGGACCCCGCUGCCAUGCGCCAGCGGGCUGUCACGAGGAGCUGCAGCACCGACAAGUCCCCGGGCUCGGGCUCCGUGGGCUCUCCCGCGUCCCAGCGCAAGGACAUCGGGCGCUCCGAGUCCCUGCGUGUCGUGUCCCGCGCCCACCGCAUCUUCCGCCCCUCUGAUCUCAUCCACGGAGAGGUGCUGGGCAAGGGCUGCUUCGGCCAGGCCAUCAAGGUGACACAUCGGGAGACGGGCGAGGUGAUGGUCAUGAAGGAGCUGAUCCGCUUCGAUGAGGAGACGCAGAGGACCUUCCUCAAGGAGGUGAAGGUGAUGCGCUGCCUGGAGCACCCCAAUGUGCUCAAGUUCAUCGGGGUGCUCUACAAGGAGAAGAGGCUCAACUUCAUCACAGAGUACAUCAAAGGGGGCACCUUGAGGAGCCUCAUUAAGAGCAUGGACAGUCACUACCCCUGGAGCCAGCGGGUCAGCUUCGCCAAGGACAUCGCCGCUGGCAUGGCCUACCUCCACUCCAUGAACAUCAUCCACCGCGACCUCAACUCUCACAACUGCCUCGUGCGGGAGAACAAGAGCGUGGUGGUGGCUGACUUCGGGCUGGCGCGGCUGAUGGUGGAUGAAAAGAACCAGCCCGAACAUCUCAAGAACCUGAAGAAACCAGACCGCAAGAAACGCUACACGGUGGUGGGGAACCCCUACUGGAUGGCCCCCGAGAUGAUCAAUGGGAGGAGCUACGAUGAGAAGGUGGACAUCUUCUCCUUUGGCAUUGUCCUGUGCGAGAUCAUCGGCCGGGUGAGCGCUGACCCCGAUUACCUGCCCCGCACCACCGACUUUGGCCUCAAUGUCCGGGGCUUCCUGGAGCGCUACUGCCCCCCCGCCUGCCCCCCCAGCUUCUUCCCCAUCGCCGUCUGCUGCUGCGACCUGGACCCCGAGAAGCGGCCGUCCUUCGCCAAGCUGGAGCAGUGGCUGGAGACGCUGCGCAUGCACCUGGAGAUCCACCUGCCGCUGAGCUCCCAGCUGGAGCAGCUGGACCGAGCCUUCGGGGAGACGCACCGGCGGGAUGGAGCGCUGCCCGUGCCCCCGCGGUAGAGCCUCCGCCCGCACCCCUCUGCAGCCGCGGGAGAAGGAGCCGCGCCUGCCGCCAGCCGCUCCUGGGGCUGCCCC